GUAACUAGCCCUUUUAGCACUCCGGCUAACCGCUGCCUUCUGCCGCUCAGGUUUGCCGCAACCGGUAUUUUCUGACCUCCUCAAGCACCCAGACGACAGAAUCUGUCUCGUUUCGGUUUUAAUUCGUCCUCGCUAGUUUAUCAUGAUCAGUUACGAACGAACGGCUCGUUAGUUGUAGGUGGAAUCGUCGAUUUUACGACCGGUUUGGCGGGACUGGGUCGGGUUAACAAUACGGCGAGCUAAAGGCUAACGCUGCUAGCGUCCAAACAGGCCUCUUUUUUCAAGGUAGCUAACGCGGCUAGUUGAGCGGAGCUACUGCGGCUGUCAUGGAAGACAAAUCUUUUACGAAGGAGUUAGACCAGUGGAUUGAACAGCUAAAUGAGUGCAAGCAGCUUUCGGAAAACCAAGUGAGGACACUCUGCGAGAAGGCCAAGGAGAUUCUAACUAAGGAGUCCAAUGUCCAAGAGGUGCGAUGCCCGGUGACUGUGUGUGGCGAUGUGCACGGCCAGUUCCACGAUCUGAUGGAGCUCUUCAAGAUCGGUGGCAAGUCCCCCGACACCAACUACCUGUUCAUGGGCGACUACGUUGACAGAGGGUACUACUCUGUGGAGACGGUCACGCUGCUCGUCACGCUAAAGGUGCGCUUCCAGGAGCGGAUCACCAUCUUGCGAGGGAACCACGAGUCCCGACAGAUCACGCAAGUGUACGGCUUCUACGAUGAGUGCCUGAGGAAGUACGGCAACGCCAAUGUGUGGAAGUACUUCACAGACCUGUUUGACUACCUGCCACUCACGGCGCUGGUUGACGGCCAGAUCUUCUGUCUCCACGGAGGCUUGUCACCUUCCAUUGACACCCUGGACCACAUACGAGCUUUGGACCGUCUCCAGGAGGUCCCUCAUGAGGGCCCUAUGUGUGACCUGCUGUGGUCGGACCCCGACGACCGCGGCGGCUGGGGGAUCUCCCCCCGAGGCGCGGGCUACACUUUCGGCCAGGACAUCUCUGAAACCUUCAACCACGCCAACGGCCUGACGUUGGUGUCGCGCGCCCAUCAGCUGGUCAUGGAGGGCUACAACUGGGGCCACGACAAGAACGUGGUGACCAUCUUCAGUGCGCCCAACUACUGCUACCGCUGCGGGAACCAGGCAGCCAUUAUGGAACUGGAUGACACCCUCAAGUACUCUUUCCUUCAGUUUGAUCCGGCCCCCCGCCGCGGCGAGCCCCACGUGACCAGACGCACUCCUGACUACUUCCUGUGAAUGUUUGACGCCGUCCCCGUCAACCGCCCUGCCCCGCCCAUUACUGUACCAAGGAGAAAAACGAUUGGCUGAAAACAUCCCCAAGAUAAAAGUUAGCGCGCCCCUCGCCCUGUUCUUGCCUCGUUCCCCCACACUCGUGUUUCCACUCUGCUGUUGUUAAAGCUGUGCUACACGUGCAACUAAGAUGUUACUUUUUUCUGUUCAUGACAUGUUUUAAGACAUAAUAAAACUUCCAAGGUGGACCAAAUGUGCCAUAUUCUGAUCCUUUCCCUCACUUUACGCUUUUUUUUUUUUUUUUUUUUUUUAUCCCUGCCUAUCUGAUCACAUUUUCACCAAUGUUUGCCACAUUCGUGCCCCCCCCGUUUGGAACAAAAAGAGGACAACUAAAAGAAAACGUUUGCUUCAAGUAGUCCCGAUGUGAGUUUUAGCUGCAGCGCUGCUCAUUAAAUCAGCAACUAUAUACUGUCAUUUGAGACCACACAACUAUCAAAUAAUAAAAUGUCUUGUUGACAAA